AUGCGCAACUCAUUCAAGAACCUCGUCAUCACCCUUAGCGGGACAUUUCCGGGAUAUAAACAAGCCGACCUGAAGACCAUCGUGGAGAGCCACGGGGCUACCUUCAGUUCGACGGUGACGGAGGAGUGUACGCAUCUUGUGACGACGCAGAAAGAGGUGGAUAAGAAGGGGUCCAAGUACAAACAAGCGCUGAAAGUCUACACUUGCCAUAUCGUCUCGCUGGACUGGCUGGUAGAGUCAGACGAGGCCAAAAAGCCUCUAGGAGAGAAAGGCUAUCUGUUCGAAGAGAAGAAGGCUGAUAAAGAGACGGAGAAGCCGAAGAAACGCACGCUGGAGGAGGCGCUGGAUAUCGCCGAAGAUGGGUCGCAUAAGAAAGUCAAGGAUGCCCAGCUGGUGAGCUCGAAGUCGUUGAAUGUUCCGGUUGACGAGGCGUGUUGGCUGCGAACAACUCAUGAUGUUUAUAUUGACGACACCGGCUUCAUCUGGGACGCCACACUCAACCAGACCAAUGCCGGGAGCAACAACAAUAAAUACUACCGGAUUCAAAUCCUGAAGAAAAGAACCCUUUCCGAAUUCCACGUCUGGACCCAUUGGGGCCGUGUCGGCGAGAAGGGCCAGAACGCCGUGUUGGGAGAUGGCUUGCUGGCUACGGCGCAGGUCGAGUUCCAGAAGAAGUUCAAAGACAAGUCCGGCUUGAAGUGGGAGAACAGGCUGGAUCCACCAAAAAAGGGGAAGUAUACGUUUAUUGAGAAGAACUACGAGGAGGAUGACGAUGGCGAUGACGACCAGGAAGAGGGUACUAAGAAGCCGAAGAAGUCAGAGGUCAAGGAGGAGGAGAAACCGAUCGAGUCGACGCUCCCCACACAGAUCCAGAACCUCAUGACCUUCAUCUUCAACCAGCAGCACUUCCUCAACACAAUGGCUUCCAUGUCAUACGACGCCCAGAAGCUGCCCCUCGGCAAGCUGAGCAAGCGGACGCUGCGUGCCGGGUUCCAGGUGCUGAAGGAUCUGUCCGAGCUGGUCGCGCAGCCAGCACUAGCAGCUUCAAAAUACAACACAAGCUUUGUCCGUGCGACGGAGGACCUCAGCAACAGCUAUCUCACUACGAUCCCACACGUCUUCGGCCGCAACCGCCCGCCUGUGCUGAACAACGAGCUCAUGAUCAAGAAGGAGAUCGAGCUACUCGAAGCCCUGACUGAUAUGGAGGUUGCCAAUGAGAUUAUGAAGGAUUGCAAGAGCGCCCACGACGUCAACGAACUCGAUCUUCAGUUCCGGAGUCUUAACAUGACUGAAAUGACGCCACUGGCUCGCAAUUCUACCGAGUUCAUUGAGCUGGAGAAUUAUCUGAACAACUCCCGGGGAACCACCCAUCACAUGCGUUACAGUGUCAUUGAUAUCUUCCGAAUCGAACGCAACGGCGAGACUGAGCGGUUCGAGCAGUCGCCCUACGCGUCUAUCAAGCAGAGUAACCGCCGGCUGCUGUGGCAUGGCUCGCGCAGCACAAACUUUGGCGGCAUUCUCUCCCAGGGCCUGCGGAUCGCCCCCCCGGAAGCCCCUGUCAACGGAUACAUGUUCGGCAAAGGAGUGUACUUUGCGGACAUGUCGAGCAAGUCCGCCAACUACUGCUGCGCAGUCCUCAGCGCCAACAUGGGCCUACUGAUGCUCUGCGAUGUGGAGCUAGGAGACCCGAUGCUUGAGCUAGUGAACGCUGACUAUAAGGCCGGCGACGUCGCAAAGGCGAACAAGAAGAUCGCCACAUUGGGCAAGGGCCGAAUCGCACCCCUUAGCUGGAAAGAUGCCGGCUGCGUCCAUGAGAAUCUGCGUGGAGUGAGCAUACCGGAUGUGACGGUCACGCCGGGCGAUGUCUCGGGCAACGGGGGAGCUGUGCUGCAGUACAAUGAGUAUAUUGUCUACGACGUGGCGCAGAUCCGGCAACGAUAUUUAUUUCAUGUACAUAUGAGUUAGUAGUUACUACAUCAGUACCUCACCAGCUGGACUGGUGGCUCAACUGGUGGCUCUUAUCACAGCAGGGAGACAUACCUGUAUUAGGAUACUUUCUCGAAUGCCUAUUAAUCAAUGGGGAUCAACAAUGUCUCGUGCAUUUCGAUCGAUCUACAUUCUGCAGUCGGAAUCACUUUUAUAGGCGUAAUCCG